CUUUACAUUUUAUUUUCUUUCCAGUUUUCCUAUAAGUCAAAAACACAAUAAAUACAUAAAACAAAGGGUGAUUAAUUAGUCAUUCUAGUUUUUGAGAUCUUCAAACAAGCAAAGAAAAUGAGAGAAAUGGUAUCUCUAAUUUUAUUACUUGUUCUUCUUGUUUCGGCCUCAGAUGCACAUGUUACGAAACCAAAUGAAGAAAACUUCCUUCGAUGCCUUCGUUAUCGAACCAAUCCGGAGAAUCCGAUCACCGCAGCACUCUACACUCAUGAUAACUCCACCUUCGUGUCAUCUUACGUCUCCUACGCGAAAAACAAAAGGUACUCCAACCCUAACGACACAAAACUAGUCGCCAUUGUUGCUGCAAAACAUGAAUCUCAUGUUCAGGCUACCGUGGUCUGUGCAAAGUUCAACGGAAUCCAGAUCCGUAUCCGAAGCGGCGGUCACGACUACGAGGGACUUUCUUACAUCUCAUCCGUACCGUUUGUUAUCCUCGACAUGCACGAUCUCCGGUCUAUCUCCAUUGACGUGUCAAGAAAGCAAGCUUGGGUUGAUGCGGGUGCCACAUUGGGAGAGCUCUACACCAAAAUCGCAGAGGCUAGCAAAACGCUAGCGUUUGCGGCUGGCGUUUGCCCUACAUUAGGAGCGGGAGGACACAUCAGCGGCGGAGGAUACGGUAAUUUGAUUAGAAAAUACGGACUCUCGGUCGAUCAUGUCGUUGAUGCUCGUGUAGUUGAUGUCAACGGCAGCAUAUUGACUGGAGCUAACUUGGGAAAGGAUUUAUUGUGGGCGAUUCGAGGCGGUGGCGGAGCCAGCUUCGGUGUUAUCCUCUCCUGGAAGAUCAAGCUCGUAGAUGUUCCAAAGACCUUGACAGUUUUUAAGGUUAACAAAACAUUGGAGCAAGGAGCAACUGAUGUUCUUUACAAGUGGCAGCUUGUCUCCAGCAAAUUGCCUCAUGAGCUUUUCUUGAGAGCAAUGCCUGAACUCGCAAAUGUCGCGAUACCUAGCAAGAAAACCAUAGCGGUUGUGUUCUACGCACAGUUUUUAGGACCAGCAAGGAGGCUCAUGGCAAUUAUGAACAAGAGGUUCCCUGAACUGGGGCUAAAACGUGAAGAUUGCUACGAAAUGAGCUGGAUUAAUACGACGUUGUUUUGGCAGAACUAUCCUGUGGGAACACCGAUAAGCGUUCUUUUGGAUAGACCAUCGAAUCCGGCAGGAGCACUCUUCAAGAGUAAAUCGGAUUACGUCAAGAAACCGAUCCCAAAAGAAGGAAUGGAGAAGGUUUGGAAAAUAAUGUUGAAGUUCAACAACAUGUUCAUGCAAUGGAACCCUUACGGUGGAGUGAUGGACAAGAUUCCGGAAAAUGCCACCCCGUUUCCUCACCGAAAAGGGAACCUGUUCAAGAUUCAGUACUUUGCGUUAUGGUCCUACGCAAACGCCACAGAGGCUAAUCUCGGUCUGAUGAAUGAGAUAUAUGAUGUGAUGGAGCCGUACGUGUCAAGCAACCCGAGAGAGGCGUUCUUGAAUUACAGAGACAUGGAUGUCGGAAACAAUCCUAGCGAUAAGACCGACGUUGGAGAAGCUAAGAUCUACGGAUCGAAGUAUUUCUUAGGGAAUCUGAAGAGAUUGAUGGAAGUUAAAGCUAAGUAUGAUCCUGAGAAUUUCUUUAGAUACGAGCAGAGUAUUCCUCCUGUUCGUGCAAUGUAACUCUUCUGUUUAAUUUAUCAUAUGAUCACUUAACCAAUAAAAUAAAAAUGAAUAGUUAUGUCAGCAUGGAUGCAUUAUAUAGCUCAUAUGUAACUUGCGUAGCAUAUUUAACAGGAUUUUCUCUGUUUUGUGAUAUGAUUCAAUGAUCAAUAAAGAGAAUUCAGGACUGUGUUAGAACUU